AUGGGAAGAAAAAUUGAAGAUGAAGCUGCAGAGAGCCAUAUUAAGCAGAGUUGCACAGCACCAGACAUCUCUCCUCCUGUUGCUGUUGCUAUUGCUGCUGCUACUGCUCUUGCUUCUUCCCUGGCUCUCCCUAUCUGUCCCGGGACGCGGACACAUGCCGUUUGGACGGGGGUGGUGGUAAUAACUAAUGAUCAAGAAACAAACAGGAGGGAGAAAAGCACGGGAGAAACAGACGAAGAAGGACAAGACGGUUCUAGUGUUCGCGUAGAACUCGAUCUCGCAGCCUGUCAGAUUGCUGCAGUCCUUCGCGGAUGGCUUUUUCUGUGCAUUCCUUUUUUUUUUGCCUUGCUCGAUGGCUCAUGGGCUGGCUGGCCUGCAGGACAAAGCCGAUCGCCAGCCACUAUUCGAUGGAAAAGGGCUCUUCUGGCCGGUGAUUGGCGAAGGAAGCGGAAUCAGAAACAGACGCACGCCCUCGUUGCAGGCAGAUACUCCAAUAGAGUCGCCGGCUGA